AGCAAUAUAUAUAGUGUAAUAGGCGAUUAGGGUUUAGAUUUCCGCCGCUCUGCUUUCACAGCACUUCCUCUCAAAGCCAUAAACGGAGGAGAGCUUCAUCCACCAGAAUUCAAGAUGCCGUCGCACAAGACAUUCAUGAUCAAGAAGAAGCUUGCGAAGAAGCAGAGGCAGAAUAGGCCAAUCCCGUACUGGAUCCGCCUCCGUACCGACAACACCAUCCGCUACAACGCCAAACGCCGUCACUGGCGCCGUACUAAGCUCGGCUUUUAAGCAUACCCUUCUUUUAUAGAGUUUUGCGUUAUAUUCUGCUUUUCCUUUCUAUUAGGAUUCAAUGUUUACGGAUGAUGUUAAGACGCAAGAUUUCUAUUCGGUUUUAUUAUUCAGAUUUUGUCUUGAAUUGAAAUUUGAAGUUAAUCUACGGAUUUAAUUUUCAUUCU